UAAAUUCAGUGACAAACUCCACUCAGAACCACCAUCUCAUCUCCAAUCCCCUUCAUCAUUUUUCACUUGUUUUAAUAGUCUCUUUCGAUCGACCAUGAAGAAGAUCAGCGUUGCUCUUGUUGCAGUGUUGAGUUUGGUGGUGAUACUAUCACUCAAGGAAGUGCAUGUGGCAGAGGCAGCAUGUAGCCCAACAGAGUUGAGCACAUGUAAGCCAGCGAUCACUUCAUCGUCCCCACCGUCGCCGACUUGCUGCAGCAAGCUGAGGGAGCAGAAGCCAUGCCUUUGUGGGUACCUUAAGGACCCGAAUCUGAAGCAAUAUGUGAACUCUCCCAAUGCUAAAAAGGUUGCCAGCACCUGUGGUGUUACCUUCCCUAAAUGCUGAUCGAAAGCUCUUUACGAAGAGUUUAUGUAAACUUUAUUAAUGAAUAAGGGGCAUGGAAGGUUAAGGUAAUAGUAAACAAUGGUAUGUUGUUUUUAUACAGUGUACUCUACUCAUGGAGAUGAAUAUAUUAUGAGUUGUGAAUAAAUAAUAAUUAUUGUGAUUCUAUGUUUUA